CAAUUAUUUGAAUAAUGAAGUUAAUGAACUCGUCGAUGAAGACCUGUGUCUUCUUUAUUCUCUCCUACUUUUCUUUGUUGGUCUCUUCUGCUGCAGUCCCUACUAGUGCUGCUGUACAGGUUGAAUCUUACAAAUAUGAUGGCACUACCUUCUCUGGUCGUAUCUUUGUUAAAAACAUCGCCUACUCAAAGGUAGUCACUGUCAUUUAUUCUGAUGGCUCUGAUAACUGGAACAACAACAAUAACAAGAUUUCUGCUGCUUACUCUGAAGCUAUCUCUGGUUCAAAUUACGAAUACUGGACAUUCUCUGCCAAGUUGAGUGGUAUCAAGCAAUUCUACGUCAAGUAUGAAGUAAGUGGCUCUACCUACUAUGACAACAACGGUACGAAGAAUUAUCAAGUCCAAGCAACAAGCGCUACCUCUACUACUGCUACUGCUACUACUACUACAUCCACCAGCACUACUACCACUAGCACUGGCCCAACAAGCACUGCCUCCGUCUCUUUCCCCACUGGUAACUCUACUAUCUCAUCUUGGAUUAAGAACCAAGAAGAAAUUAGCCGUUUUGCCAUGCUUCGUAACAUCAAUCCUCCCGGAAGUGCCACAGGAUUUAUUGCCGCUUCUUUAUCUACCGCUGGACCAGACUACUACUAUUCUUGGACCCGUGAUUCUGCAUUGACAGCCAAUGUGAUCGCAUAUGAAUACAACACCACCUUCGCUGGUAACACCACCCUUUUGAAAUACCUCAAGGACUACGUCACAUUCUCUGUCAAGUCCCAAUCCGUUUCUACUGUCUGUAACUGCCUUGGUGAACCCAAAUUCAACGCUGAUGGCUCUAGCUACACUGGUCCAUGGGGAAGGCCCCAAAACGAUGGACCUGCUGAGCGUGCUGUUACUUUUAUGCUGAUUGCUGACAGCUACCUUACUCAAACAAAGGACGCUUCCUAUGUUACCGGUACCUUAAAGCCAGCUAUCUUUAAGGAUUUGGAUUAUGUUGUUAGCGUAUGGUCAAAUGGAUGUUAUGACUUGUGGGAAGAGGUUAAUGGUGUUCAUUUCUACACUUUGAUGGUUAUGCGCAAGGGUUUGAUUCUUGGUGCUGAUUUUGCUGCUCGUAAUGGUGACUCUUCUCGUGCUUCUACCUACAAGAACACUGCUUCCACAAUGGAAUCUAAGAUAUCCAGUUUCUGGAGUGACUCCAACAACUAUGUUCAAGUCAGUCAAAGCGUUACUGCUGGUGUCAGCAAGAAGGGUUUGGAUGUUUCUACUCUGCUGGCUGCAAACAUUGGUAGUCUUCCAGAUGGUUUUUUCACUCCUGGUUCUGAAAAGAUCCUUGCUACUGCUGUCGCUCUUGAAAAUGCCUUUGCUUCAUUGUAUCCCAUCAACUCUAACCUUCCCUCAUACCUCGGUAACUCUAUUGGAAGAUAUCCUGAAGACACAUACAACGGUAAUGGUAACUCUCAAGGUAACCCAUGGUUCUUAGCUGUCAAUGCCUACGCUGAGCUCUACUACCGUGCCAUCAAGGAAUGGAUCAGCAAUGGUAAGGUUACUGUGAGCAACAUCAGCUUGCCCUUCUUUAAGAAAUUCGACUCCUCUGCUACUUCUGGAAAGACUUACACUGCUGGCACUUCUGACUUUAACAACCUUGCUCAAAACAUUGCCUUGGGUGCUGAUCGCUUCUUGUCCACUGUCAAGUUCCAUGCCUAUAACAAUGGCUCUUUGUCUGAGGAGUAUGAUCGCUCUACUGGUAUGUCCACUGGUGCCAGAGAUUUGACUUGGUCCCAUGCCUCUUUGAUCACUGCUGCUUAUGCAAAGGCUGGCUCUCCUGCUGCUUAAGUUACAAUGUCUUUUAUAUCUUGAAAUAAACUCUAUUUCCUUAAACCUUUAUACAUUUUGACUAUAUAUAAUGAGAGUAGUUACUGUGCUCAACUGUGGCUUUUAUACAGUUAAAUAAAAU